GGUGCUUUCUGCUGUCAAAACAAAAAAAGCAGGAACUGCGACGAUAUGGAGGAGCUGGUGCAGGACCUGGUGUCUGCAUUGGAGCAGACCUCAGAGCAGGCUGAGCUUGAUGAUCUGUGGCAGGAGAUGGUGCUAAGGCCACUGCAGCAUCGGCGUCAGGUUCGCAGGCGGAGGGGCCGCAAACGACGCUGUGAUUUCGAGCACAGCCUUUGCCUCAGUGAGGCAUCCGAGUCCAGUGUGGAUGAAGCCUUUGCAAGAGAACAGAGACAUAGUGCUGCAGGAGCUGUGGCCAUAGCAGCAGCUCCUGUGCUGGCUUCUAACCACAGUGAUUCAGAUGACACGCUAAUAGUCAAGCGCUGGACUCCUUCAUCACUGUCCUUCCGUACCAGACAGCAUUCCUGGCCAGAGUCGGACUCAUUCACUGAGAACACACCCGGAAGACCUCUGCGCAGACGACGCAAAGUCAAACGCAUGCCGCCAAAUGUAAAUGUAAACAUGCAGCAGAGAUUUAGAGUGUGGACUGGAGAGAGGGGAACAAACACAUCGUCCUAUAAGAAGCAGAGACUGAACCGACUGAAAAAGCGCUCAGCGGGCUGGUCUAAGCAGGAUGGCGGCUCCGUGGGGGCUGGAGUGGGAGGGAUGUCUCAGGAAUGCUGGAAGGACAAGAUCCUACGCCAGGCCAAGGAGAAGAAAGAGGCGUCUGAUGAAAACAUGUCAGAAUGUGAGACAAGCAGCGUGUGCAGCAGUGACCCAGGGCUUUUCACCAAUGAUGAGGGAAGGCAAGGUGAUGAUGAACAGAGUGACUGGUUCUUUGAAGGUGAAUGUGCACCAGGUAUCGGUGUUCAGGGUCUGAUCUCCAGCAGAGAGUCAGAAACAGCCCCCAGACCAGCUGCACUCGACGCUAUGAGAGAGAAGCAUCAUUCGGCUACUUUCCUCCACCCAAGCCAGUCCAAUCAGAGAGGUUGUCAUUCUCGUAUAAACCGUUUGCCAGGUGUGACUGCGUGCUGUAUUAGGAAAGGCAGAAGGAGAUUGCCUGCCAAGGAUAAUAAUAUUGCUGCUUGUGUGGACAAACUGAAGACCUGCUCACAUGAUUCCUAUCACAGAGAGUUUUGGCUGCCCCCCUAUGGGAAGCGAGAUAGAAGACAGCUGAAACCUUUGUGUUCAUUGUCUAUGUAUCCUAUUGGCAUGGGCCCAGACACCCCACAUCCAAGAUGCUCCAUAUCUGAAUGUAAAAACAGACAGCGUAGUGCACAACUGGGAGUGAUGUGUGGAGGAGACAUCAAGAGGAGGAGGAAAGCUGUAGCACUUCCCAAUGCCACUUCAGUCUACCUCCCGUUCCAUAAGGAGGCCAGACGAGAAGAGGCCAACCAAUGCUACGAGUUGGCUUUUCCUCCUGGAGGAGAAUGUGCUCACCCCUUGCCAUCCACUUCACACACACCUGACUUCAUCAAACCAGGGACUUCAUUCAGCAGCCAGAGGGAACAUGAGGAUGACUGACACACGCUCUCACAUCGGCUGCCCUCAUCAUGGGCACAGCUGCUCAGGAUGGAAAACGUAGUCUAGCACACAGAGAAUACUGAGGUGAACAGAAAGAACUCUCUGUGACAAAACUUUCUCGAUUAAGUCUUUCUCCAACCAAGACACCACCUUACAGACAAAAAUGCUAAUGAGUCAAUUGGGUCAAUAUGUAAGCCCAAGGCAGCUAACCCACCAGUUAUCACCCCAUUCAUACUGAUUCAGACUGGGACUGGAUUUCCAAUUGUGGCUAUAGAAACAUCCACUGGGUUCAAUAUUUAAAACUUUGUUGUGUGUUGGUAUGCAUGUUAAAGAAGUAGCUCAUUGUGUAGUAUCACUAAAGUCAGAUACGUCACGCCGAUGCAACGUACACACGAUCGACCAUUGGAAGUGAAAACACCCAGGUCCCAUAUUAACAUGGAUAUGAAACGCUAGAGUGCUCUAAAAACACUCAUUAGCACAACAGAGCGAGUGUGCGUUCUUGCACCCUCCGGGGGCCUUCACUCCCUGCUUCACAGUCCACAUUCAAAUGUUCUCACAUAAAAGUUUGGUGCAGCACAGUGCUGCUUAAACAUGCAUUUUAAUUUGAAGUUAUUGUUUCAAUUGGUGUGGUGAUGAGUCAUAAUGUUUAACACAGUUCAGGCUCAGUGUGAAUCGGGAAUGUGAUGAUGGCAUGUCUCUAUUAUUAUUAUUAUUAUUAUUAUUAUUAUUAUUAUUAUUAUUAUUAUUAUGGGCACGAAUUACUGUAAAAAUAUUUUAUGGUUCUUCUGAGAAUCCUUCAUAUGCUUGUGCAUUUGCUAUUGGAAUUGAAUACCUGUAGCUUUCUGGAAACAUUUCCUCUUUAGCAAUCAGUAUAAUGAGACUGCUUUUUGCUUCUGUUGACAUUUAUAAAUGGACUAGCAUGGCUGUGUAGACAGCUGUGGGAACUGUAGUGUCCCUUUUUCACUGCGCUCUUCAUCCAUAUGACCAGCUGCCUUGAAUUGACAGAACACUUGCUGUAUUUCCUUAUCACGUUUUUGUCAAUCAUCAAAGCUAUUGCCUCAACUGCCUGUAAUUAGUUGUUACCAUGACAACAUUACCUCAUGAGCCCCUCCUCCCAUUAUGUGUGUGCGGCCUGAAAUGAGUUUCUUUGGCGGGGCAGAAAGUGGGUGUAGGGGGGGACAACACGACACGUGCACCCAGUCAAUCAUCUCAGCUACAGUUAAGGAAUCCAGUGGGCUGAUGCUCCUCAUAUUUCAUCCUUGGUAAAGAUUACCUGUCGGCCCCAGAGGAGAUGUAUUGAUCUGUUUUCCUUUUUUUCUGCCAGCAAUCACCUGACAAAGGCACCUAGGAGUGCAGAAGUGAGUGAUGCCCGUUCAGGUCUCCACCCACUGUGGUAUAUUUUGGCCGGGUGGAGCGUUGCAGAGUAUUGGGGGGGUGCCAACUUACAUCUGAAGAUAAUACCAGCAUAAACCCUGCAUGACCAACAGUCUGAGACCGUUUAAGUAUUUUACUUAAAAAAAUAAAUAAAAAAAUAAAAAUUAGCUUCUGUUACUCAACAGUAGGCUGCAGUGACAUAAACAGGAAUGCAAUUCAGGGGAGGUUGUGAAAAUAUGCUACCUAAGUAUAGGACGGUGGCUAAAUAAAAUCGCUCCAUGUUUAUUAAAUGAAAUUAAAUAAAUGCAAUGCCCUGUUGCAUUUUAGUUGGAUUGUAGGUUAGUAUUUUGUCAUUUUAUUGGUAGUCAGUAAUAUAUGAUUAAACAAACUAAGGGAUGCAUUUAACACCUGAGGCGGUUAAACAUGGAGGAAUCAUAAUGAUGACUCCUUUGACCUUUCAUCAACACCACUAUAAUACAAUUAAAUCAUAUUUCAAGUAGACAGGAAUAAUGAAGAAAAAAAAACAAGUCUGUAUCUGAUUUGAUCUGACAUGGAGGUUGGAGUUUGUAGAGGAUGGGUUUAAAAAAAAGUAUGUGGAAAUGAAACAAGUCUAAGUAGUUACUCCUUCUGGUCCAUAAAUGGCACAGUGUUCAGCCUGAGUCCUGUAGAUGAUGAAAUAUCAUACUUUAUUACAGCAUUUAAAAAAAAAAAAAAACAACGUAAAACUCUUCCUAUUGUGUAAACUUUUCUAAGGAUUUUCUGUAGUAAAUGACGAUAGUACCAUUAUUAAUUAAAAAUGUUAAUAACUGUUGCAUGUCCUGCUAUGAAUGUAUUGUAUAGCAGUGUAUACAAGGCUGUACUGUAUUAAAUAUACACGUUAAAUGCUUGCUCAUUUGGAAACCCUGCAACUGCUUUGAAAUUCUUCAAGCCAUCUUUACUGUCAACUUUCAGGUAAAUAUUUCACAGGUCAUGUUAACAGUAUAAGACAGUGGUCAUAUAUUGAGAAUAAUAAGAAUGCAAAAUUACGAAUGGAAAUGAAUUAUAUAUAAUAUAUAUAUAUAUAUAUAUAUAUAUAUAUAUAUAUAUAUAUAUAUAUAUAUAUAUAUAUAUAUAUAUAUACAUACACACUUGGGCUGUAGUCAGAGUUGAGUUACUUAUGUUUAAUAAAGUUUUAACAACCAAAUUUUUUUUUUCAAUAUUGAGAUGUAAUGCAGACUUAAGCGUUAUUCACAAGUGAUGUGAGAGUUUGAGUAAACAGUUAGUUCGGCCCCAAGAUCUGACAAUAUGAUAUAAUCACAAUAUAUCAUGGUAUAAUUUAUGUUUUGGGUUGUAAAUACACAGAGCAAAUUAUGACAUGCAAAUAAUAAAUACAUCAUAAUGACAACAUAAAAAUGACUUAAUGACAUGUAGAACUCUGAGUCCACAAAUUCCCCUGUGUAAAUAUCCACGUAACUGUUGGACAUAAAUUGCUGACUCUGAAUACGGCCCUUAUGGUAUAAACAUUUCUGUUAUCGAUGAACUGUGCGGCACACAUGAGUGAAUCUAGUCAGUGUCAUCUGGGCAGCUGUUUCUUUCUAUAUUUCUAGAUAAUAUGUUACUACAGUAUAUGUGUAUUAUGAAUGAGAAAGCAUGCAUAUAAAUCUCAGUGCUCUUGUCAUUGUAUAUCAGUGAGCGCUUAUCUGUAGAUUCUGAAUGAAUUGAAGGAUUGCCAUGAAAAAAUAAAAGCUCUGAUAUGUGACAA